AUGGCGGCGGGGUGCACGGCUGGUGGUGCGAUGUGGAGCACGGCUGCCGUCCGAUCGAAACAAACUCUCGGGUCCCGCGUCCUGACGUCGCAUCGGGCAAACCUGCUGUGGGUCCCCCGGCCGCGCUCCUCGCCCCAAUUCCUCGCAAUUUCUUCACGUUUUCUCCUUCCUCUCCUCACUCCUCUCAAGCAACCGCUUCUCGCCGGCCGGGCCGCCGUCUCGCGCCCUCGCCGUGCUAGCCCUUCUAGAGGUCUUCCGCGGUCGCCGGGGGAGGCGUCGCCCGCUGCUUCCUCGUCCGAUGAGACGCUGCCCUCCAUGCAGGUGGCGUUGAAGGGCUGGAAUGCUAUCCUUGGAGGAAAUGAAGUCUUUCAGAUGUGCGGUGUGGGUAAAUUCCGGGGUCAUGCAUAUCUGCCUAGGAUAAACAAGAGCAGGUGUUUUGCAGGCGUCCCUGUCUGGGGAACCUCUGUCACGGAGUAAUUAUCUGCAGAAAGACGAGGCCAAGUGCAGCGCAGCACGGCCGGUGGCCAGUGGCAGCGAUCAAUCUUGUUUAAUGCUCACGGGCCAUGACCUGAUCUGACAUGGCAUAAACCUAAAUCUGACCUGACCUGCUUAUGACAUGGCCAUGACCAGACCUGACCUGUAUAUGAGAUGGCAUAGAUGCUUCUGUGGUCCAUUAUGUUGAUUUGGAUCUGAGAUACAGGAGUCCCUAUCUCCCUGCAGUAGCUUGAUGCCUCUGCCCUGUUUGCCGUUACCGUGUAAUAUUAGUAUCUCGCGUCAGCUAAGCUGCGGUGUCAACUAGGACAUGUUUUUGAUUCAAAAAAAAAAUUAGGACAUGUUUAAAUGAGUUAAGGGCAUGCGCAAUGGUUGGACGGUUGCUGUCUGUAUGUGUCUAAAAUACCGCUCGCAGAUAAUAGAGCAGACAAUCUGUACAAUGGUAUGGUUGUCUGCAAACUAUUUAAACAUGGCUAGACACAUGAAACGUGGUGAUCAAACAUGUGAAAUGGAUCUUUGUGUAUUA